AUGUCGUUCUGCAACGCUUCCGUGUCACUGCUGAAGAUGCCGAACUCGGUGAUCACGUCAGCGGUAUUCAUCGGUGUCAACCUGCUUUUGUUCGUAGCCAUCGUAAUGUUGAACCUACCCGUCAUCAUUGCGAUUGUCAUAUGCAAGCGGUUGCACACGCUCUUCCACGUCAACAUACUGUGCCUGUGCUCCUCUGAUCUUGUCGUCGCCUCGCUGUCGGUGCCACUGAAUCUCUUCGUCAACUACUUCUGCGCACCAGAUCUAGAGAUGUACUGCACCGCGCACAAUAUCUUGCUCUUCUUUACCGACAUCGGCUUCGUGAUGACAUCAUGCAUUGUUGUCGCCAUUGCCGUUGACCGCUGCCGUGCUGUGGUCAAGCCGCUGCGUCAGCUUGGCGGCAAGCGUUCGGUUGCAAUGCGCAUCAGCGUCAUCAUCGCUUGCGCGGUGGUAUACGCGACGGCCAUGUUUUUCAGCGAGCUCGAGUGGCAGAAGCAUCCAGAGUACGACAUCUACAAGGACAUCUGCAAUGUGGGGACCGUAGUCGAGCGCGGCUACGUGUUCCUAAUUGAUCCGAUACUGUUCUACUGUGUGCCGCUGUGCAUCAGCGCCUGCCUCUACGCGCGCGUCAUCCUGCAGUUGUGGCGCGAGAUGGAACAGAUGGAUGCAGCGCCCGACUCGCAUGUGACGGCGGGCGCGCUGCAGCGCAAGAAGCGAGCGAUGAAGAUAUCCGUCUGCAUCGUGAUCGUGUUCGCCGUGAUGUGGCUGCCGUAUCACUCGGCGCACAUCUACUUCAAUAUCUACCCGGACAAGCUGACGCAGGACAUCUGGUGGCUGCUGCCCGCCUGCAACGUCUCCUACCUCAAUUUUAACUGGAUGAACAGCAUCGUCUACGUCUACUUCAGCGUCGCAUUUCGCGAAGAGUUGCUAUUGCGGUGGCGCUCUUGUGUCGGGUGCAAACCUGCGAUAAAUUGCAGCAAUGGCGUCGAGAGAAAUACCGCCAGCACAGUGGAUACGCGGACCUCUAGUAUUGCCAGCAGUGAAAUCGUUGAAAUCGGUUUGUGA